AUGAGUGUGCGUCUCCUUCCCGAAACGUGCGAAACACCUGCUAAUAUAGACCAGUUUGCGCCUGUCAACCCUCGGCCGAUGCUGCAGUCGCUCAUCAACGAGGAUGUCAUAAUCCGCCUCAAAUGGGGUCAGACCGAAUAUAAAGGCAGACUGAUAAGCGUCGACUCGUAUAUGAACAUUCAGCUAUCAGGCACUGAAGAAUACAUAAACCGCAAACAUACCGGUACAUUGGGCCAGGUCCUUAUUCGCAGGUGUAACAAUGUCCUAUGGAUUUCCGCGGCUAAAGGGGUGGAAAUGAACGGAGAUGCGUCGGACGUGAAGAUGGAGGGUUGA